GUGACGACAUGGACAUGUUGCCCCACAAACAUGCUCCACUCCAUCUGGUGGCCACCUCUCGUUUCCCUGUUUCUGCAGAAGCACCGGAGGGACGAUGGCGACGCUGGUUCUUGUGUACACAACUCCGGGUAUUGUCCCGGCUGCUAUAAAUGACAGGAGGCUCCAUAAUGUGAGGACAGAAGAGCCACCCAACACCCCGGGACUGCAUCAUGUUACCAGCUCAUCAUAACUCCCAUCAUCCAGAAGGUCUUGGCAGAACAAUGGGCAGUGACCUGUACAAUCCACCGGAGCGUCCACCUCUCGUCAGUGAUGCUUUAGCGUUGUCCACCCUGUCGCUCCCUCCAUUCUGUGUGGACACAUCCAUGAUGUUCCAUCUGCCCCCUGAGAUGUACCAGUGGCACCGCUGUCAGGACAUGACUCUUCUCUCCCAUGUAGAGACUCCUCGGUUACAGCAUUACUACAGCAGCCUGUACUCUGCCCAGCUUCAACGUCAGCAGUACGGUUAUGAGGAUGGUCUCUAUGGACCAUCAUACAUUUGUAAGAGGAACGAAAGGGAGAGGCAGCGGGUAAGGUGCGUGAACGAGGGCUACGCUCGACUACAGAGGCAUCUACCCCAGGAAUAUAUGGAAAAGCGACUUAGCAAAGUGCAAACCCUCAGAGCAGCCAUCAAAUACAUCAGUCAUCUGCAGGAAACCCUCUGCUGGGAGAACACAGAAGAUUCCCGAGAUGCCAUCCGACGGCAUGAGAAAGCUACAAACAACCAAAGACACGAACACUGA